AUGGAUGCGUCGGUGGACGACUUAGACGACCUUCUCGACAGUGCGCUGGAGGACUUUCGCCAGGACCCGCCAGCACCUGCGCCCGCCGCCACCAGCGCCGCCUCUGGCCCCGCUCCCCACACGCCGUCGCCCCCACUGCCUGGUGCCGCGUCGCCUACCGUGCCACUCGCCCCCAGCGCACCCGAAGCAUCGGGACUCGCCCGCGAGGAGGCACUCGCGGGGUCAGACCCCGCAGCGCCAGGCACACGCGCAGGUGCAGCAGCGCCUGCAGCAGCGGCAGCAGCGCCGGUGGGGCUGGGGCUGGGCAGGGGCCUGCCAUCACUGCCAGCGAGGAAGAAGAGAAGCGGCGUCGCACGCACGGGCACGGGCAAGGCCGCUGCUGCUGGCGGCAGUGGUGGUAAGACAAGUGACAGUGGUGGCGUGAGUGCGAGUGGGAGUGGGGGUAGCAGCAGCGGCGGCGGCGGCGGCAGGGGGAUAUCAUUGACGUUGGAGCAGCUGCAGCAGCAGACACAGCGCACCGUCAGUGGCAUCGGGGAGGGGGACGAUGCGGCCAGGGGGAGAGGAGGAGCAGCGGGGGGAGUGCCUGCAGGGCUAGGGGCGGGCUUGCCAGGGCUGGGCGGGCUGGGUGAUUUGGAGGGGUUGGGAGGGGAAGGGGAGGAGUUGGAUGAGGCGGUGGUGGAGCGACUGGUGAAGCAGUUCGAAGACAUGGGCACUCAGGACAUGGCGGGGCUGAUGGACGCGGUGAUGCAGCAGCUGCUGUCAAAGGACGUGCUGCACGGACCAAUGAGGGACCUCCACGCGCGCUACCCCGCCUGGCUCGCCGCCAACGCCGCCUCCCUGCCGCCCGCUGACCUGGCGCGGUACGAGCGGCAGCAGCAGGCCAUCGCGCGGCUGUGCCAGCUGUACGAGGAGCGGCCGGGCGACUUUGACGCCAUCAUGGCCGUCAUGGCCGACAUGCAGGCGUGUGGACAGCCGCCGCCUGACAUGAUCAAGGAGAUCGCACCGGGACUGGAGAUGGGUGAAGACGGCCUGCCUGUGCUGCCUGACAUGCCUCAAGGAGGGGACCUUCCUGCUGACUGCUCCCUUAUGUGA